UCUGAGAAGGUAAGGAAGCACAAUGUCCUCAGCAUAUGGGUGAACCAAGAUGCAGGAGAAGCAAACAAUCUGCGUGUGGUCAUACAUUACGUCUGUGGCCAGGAUUCAAGAGCAAAACCCCAGUAACCGUUAUCCUUCCUUAUCUUGGGACCAUCAGGGAAAAUGUCAGAGCUUCCUGGAGACCAGAGCUGGCACAGCAGGAUCCCAGGCAGAGCCGCAUGGAACUGGGGGAAGGUCUCACUUAUUGGGCCACCUGCAGCUUUUAUUCUUCGCUGUGACAUGGAUCCUCCACAGGCAUUUGGAGAGGGUUCUUUUCGAAAUGAUGGCUUAAAAGCUGCUGAUGUCCUCCCUAUUCUGAAGGAGAAGGUGGCCUUUGUAUCAGGUGGCCGUGAUAAACGAGGUGGUCCUGUCUUGACCUUCCCAGCCCGCAGCAAUCACGACAGAAUAAGACAGGAAGACCUUCGGAAACUUGUGACUUAUUUGGCCAGUGUGCCAAGUGAAGAUGUUUGUAAACGAGGAUUCACUGUUAUUAUUGAUAUGCGGGGAUCCAAAUGGGAUUUGAUCAAGCCUCUCCUAAAGACCCUUCAAGAAGCAUUUCCUGCUGAGAUUCAUGUUGCCCUGAUUAUAAAACCUGAUAAUUUCUGGCAGAAGCAGAAAACAAACUUCGGCAGUUCCAAGUUCAUCUUUGAGACAAGUAUGGUAUCUGUGGAAGGCCUGGCGAAACUCGUAGAUCCCUCUCAACUGACAGAUGAGUUUGAAGGAUCCUUGGAUUACAACCACGACGAAUGGAUAGAAUUGCGUGUCUCCUUGGAAGAGUUUUUCAACAGUGCCAUCCAUUUACUCUCAAGGCUGGAGGAUCUCCAGGAAAUGUUGGCCAGGAAGGAGUUUCCAGUCGAUGUUGAAGGCUCAAGAAGGCUGAUUGAUGAGCAUACGCAGCUUAAGAAAAAAGUAAUUAAAGCUCCCGUGGAAGAACUGGAUCGUGAGGGUCAGAGGUUAUUACAAUGCAUAAGAUGCAGUGAUGGUUUUUCUGGUAGGAACUGCAUUCCUGGAAGUGCAGAUUUUCAAAGUCUUGUGCCAAAGAUCACCAGCCUUUUAGACAAGCUGCAUUCUACCCGGCAACACUUGCAUCAGAUGUGGCAUGUCCGCAAGUUGAAACUGGACCAGUGCUUUCAACUCCGGCUUUUUGAGCAAGAUGCUGAGAAGAUGUUCGACUGGAUCAGCCACAACAAAGAAUUGUUCCUGCAGAGUCACACAGAGAUCGGCGUGAGCUACCAACAUGCCCUUGACCUCCAGACGCAGCACAACCACUUUGCCAUGAAUUCCAUGAAUGCCUAUGUCAACAUCAAUCGGAUCAUGUCUGUUGCGUCAAGGCUUUCCGAGGCAGGCCAUUACGCUUCCCAGCAAAUUAAACAAAUAUCCAGCCAGCUGGAUCAAGAGUGGAAGAGUUUUGCUGCAGCUCUGGAUGAGCGCAGCACCAUCUUAGCCAUGUCUGCAGUCUUUCACCAGAAAGCUGAGCAGUUCCUCUCAGGUGUGGAUGCCUGGUGCAAAAUGUGCAGUGAAGGAGGCCUCCCCUCAGAAAUGCAAGACCUGGAACUGGCCAUCCAUCAUCAUCAGACCCUGUACGAACAAGUAACACAGGCCUACACAGAGGUGAGCCAGGAUGGAAAAGCCUUGCUGGAUGUCCUACAGCGUCCCUUGAGCCCUGGGAACUCUGAAUCCCUCACUGCUACCGCAAACUACUCCAAGGCUGUUCACCAGGUAUUGGAUGUGGUACAUGAAGUCCUGCAUCACCAGCGGCGCCUAGAGAGCAUCUGGCAACACAGAAAGGUCCGGCUCCAUCAAAGGCUGCAGCUCUGCGUUUUCCAGCAGGAUGUUCAACAGGUACUGGACUGGAUUGAAAAUCACGGGGAAGCCUUUCUGAGUAAACAUACAGGAGUGGGGAAAUCUCUACACAGAGCACGCGCGCUGCAGAAAAGACACGAUGAUUUUGAAGAGGUAGCCCAGAAUACGUACACCAAUGCAGACAAGCUUUUGGAGGCUGCAGAGCAGUUGGCUCAGACUGGGGAAUGUGACCCUGAAGAGAUCUAUAAAGCAGCCCGGCAUCUGGAAGUACGGAUUCAGGAUUUUGUCCGGAGGGUGGAACAGAGGAAACUUCUCUUGGACAUGUCAGUCUCAUUCCAUACCCACACCAAAGAGCUGUGGACAUGGAUGGAAGAUCUGCAGAAGGAGCUCUUAGAGGAUGUCUGUGCUGACUCUGUGGAUGCGGUUCAGGAGCUAAUCAAACAGUUUCAGCAGCAACAAACAGCCACCUUGGAUGCUACCCUCAAUGUUAUUAAAGAAGGGGAAGAUCUAAUCCAACAGCUCAGGGACUCUGCUGUUUCCAACAAUAAGACUCCACACAAUAGCUCCAUCAGCCACAUUGAAUCUGUCCUUCAGCAGCUCGACGAGGCCCAAGUACAGAUGGAAGAGCUCUUCCAUGAGAGGAAGAUUAAGCUAGACAUUUUCCUUCAGCUCCGGAUUUUUGAGCAGUACACCAUAGAGGUUACAGCAGAAUUAGAUGCCUGGAAUGAAGAUCUACUGAGACAAAUGAAUGAUUUUAACACUGAAGACCUCACUCUGGCUGAGCAGCGUCUGCAGCGUCACACGGAGCGGAAACUGGCCAUGAACAACAUGACCUUUGAAGUCAUCCAGCAAGGGCAAGAUUUACACCAAUACAUCAUGGAGGUCCAGGCUUCAGGCAUUGAGCUGAUCUGUGAAAAAGACAUUGAUCUUGCGACACAGGUUCAAGAACUGCUGGAAUUCCUUCAUGAGAAACAGCAUGAGCUGGAGCUUAAUGCUGACCAAACUCACAAGAGGUUAGAGCAGUGCCUACAGCUCCGGCACCUACAGGCUGAAGUCAAGCAGGUGCUUGGCUGGAUCCGGAAUGGCGAAUCAAUGCUGAAUGCAAGCCUUGUCAAUGCAAGCUCCCUCUCUGAAGCUGAGCAGCUCCAGCGAGAGCAUGAGCAGUUUCAGCUGGCCAUAGAGUCCCUCUUUCAUGCCACUUCCUUACAGAAGACACACCAGAGUGCCCUGCAGGUCCAGCAGAAGGCUGAAGUGUUGCUGCAGGCUGGGCAUUAUGAUGCCGAUGCUAUCAGAGAGUGUGCCGAAAAGGUGGCCUUGCACUGGCAGCAGCUGAUGCUGAAGAUGGAGGACAGGCUCAAACUUGUCAACGCCUCGGUGGCCUUCUAUAAAACUUCUGAGCAGGUGUGCAGUGUAUUAGAGAGCUUGGAGCAAGAAUACAGACGGGAUGAAGACUGGUGUGGAGGUCGAGAUAAACUUGGACCAGCAGCUGAGAUAGACCACGUCAUCCCUCUGAUCAGCAAACAUCUGGAACAGAAGGAGGCUUUUCUUAAGGCCUGUACGCUGGCACGAAGGAACGCUGAGGUAUUCCUCAAGUACAUCCACCGGAACAACGUCAGCAUGCCCGGAGUAGCAAGCCAUACAAGGGGGCCCGAGCAGCAAGUGAAAGCCAUUCUGAGCGAGCUGCUGCAGAGGGAGAACCGGGUCCUUCACUUCUGGACCCUGAAGAAGCGAAGAUUAGACCAGUGCCAACAAUAUGUUGUCUUUGAGCGCAGUGCUAAGCAGGCCUUAGACUGGAUCCAAGAGACAGGCGAAUAUUACCUCUCUACUCACACCUCCACAGGGGAAUCAGCAGAAGAAACUCAGGAACUCCUGAAGGAAUAUGGGGAAUUCAGAGUACCUGCCAAGCAAACAAAGGAGAAAGUGAAGCUCCUCAUCCAGCUGGCCGACAGCUUUGUAGAAAAAGGACAUAUACACGCCACUGAAAUUAGGAAGUGGGUCACCACCGUUGACAAACGCUACCGUGACUUCUCUCUCAGGAUGGGGAAAUACCGCUACUCCCUGGAAAAAGCCCUUGGAAUCAAUACAGAGGAUAACAAGGACCUAGAACUAGAUAUUAUUCCAGCAAGUCUUUCAGACCGGGAGGUAAAGCUGCGAGAUGCAAAUCAUGAAGUCAAUGAAGAAAAAAGAAAGUCGGCCAGAAAGAAGGAAUUCAUUAUGGCUGAGCUGCUUCAGACAGAAAAAGCUUACGUCAGGGACUUACAUGAAUGUUUAGAGACUUACCUUUGGGAAAUGACGAGUGGAGUAGAAGAAAUACCUGCUGGGAUCCUUAAUAAAGAACACAUCAUCUUUGGCAAUAUUCAGGAGAUCUAUGACUUUCAUAACAACAUCUUUCUAAAGGAGCUAGAGAAAUACGAACAACUGCCUGAGGAUGUGGGCCACUGCUUUGUCACCUGGGCAGAUAAAUUUCAGAUGUAUGUCACCUACUGCAAAAACAAGCCUGACUCCAACCAGCUCAUCCUGGAACAUGCAGGGACUUUCUUUGAUGAAAUUCAGCAAAGACAUGGUCUGGCCAACUCUAUCUCUUCUUAUUUAAUCAAGCCUGUCCAGAGGAUCACAAAAUAUCAACUCCUACUGAAGGAACUGCUGACCUGCUGCGAGGAGGGCAAAGGGGAACUCAAAGAUGGCCUGGAAGUGAUGCUCAGUGUCCCAAAGAAGGCCAACGAUGCGAUGCACGUCAGCAUGCUGGAAGGGUUUGAUGAGAACCUGGACGUCCAGGGAGAGCUGAUUCUUCAGGAUUCCUUCCAAGUGUGGGAUCCCAAGUCUCUCAUUCGGAAAGGCCGUGAGAGGCACUUGUUUCUCUUUGAAAUCUCUUUGGUGUUUAGCAAAGAGAUCAAAGAUUCUUCAGGACACACAAAAUAUGUUUACAAGAACAAGUUACUGACCUCAGAGCUGGGAGUGACUGAACAUGUUGAAGGAGAUCCCUGUAAAUUUGCUUUGUGGUCUGGACGAACACCAUCCUCAGACAAUAAAACAGUGCUGAAAGCAUCCAGUAUCGAAACAAAACAGGAAUGGAUCAAAAAUAUCCGGGAAGUCAUUCAAGAAAGGAUUAUCCAUCUGAAAGGAGCUCUGAAAGAGCCAAUUCAGCUCCCCAAGACACCAGCAAAGCAGCGAAACAACAGUAGAAGAGAUGGAGUAGAUGAUGCAGACAGCCAAGGAGAUGGCAGCAGUCAACCUGACACCAUUUCCAUUGCAUCCAGGACAUCACAGAACACAGUGGACAGUGAUAAGCAUUUCGUCUACGGCAGAGACACAGGACAGUUGUCUGGAGGGUGUGAACUAACCGUGGUGCUCCAGGACUUCACAGCGGGCCACAGCAGCGAGCUGAGCAUUCAGGUGGGGCAGACGGUGGAGCUGCUGGAGAGGCCAAGCGAAAGGCCAGGCUGGUGUUUGGUCCGGACCACAGAUCGGAGCCCACCCCAAGAGGGUCUGGUCCCCAGCAGCGCUCUCUGCAUUUCCCAUUCCCGCAGCAGCGUGGAGAUGGAUUGCUUCUUCCCUUCAGGAAAAGAUGCAUAUUCAGUCUCUUCCAAUGACAACGGGGGCAAGUCUGACUCAGUGGCCAACUUACAACCUCAGCCAUCCCUCAACUCCAUCCAGAGCUCUCCUGGUCCCAAGCGCUCAACAAACACACUGAAGAAAUGGUUGACGAGUCCUGUGCGCCGGCUGAACAGUGGGAAGACCGAGAGCAACAUCAAGAAACAAAAGAAGGUGCGAGAUGGAAGGAAGAGCUUUGACCUCGGCUCACCAAAGACCGGAGAUGAAACCACUCCUCAAGGAGACAGCGCAGAUGAGAAGAGCAAGAAAGGUUGGGGAGAAGAUGAACCAGACGAAGAGUCUCACACACCUCUUCCUCCUCCUAUGAAGAUUUUUGACAAUGAUCCAACCCAAGAUGAGAUGUCCUCUUCUUUGCUAGCUGCUCGGCAGAGCUCCUCCGAUGUCCCAACCGCUGCGGAUCUUGUCAGUGCAAUAGAACAGUUGGUCAAAAGUAAGCUGACCCUUGAAGGAGGAUCUUACCGAGGAAGCUUAAAAGAUGCCACUGGCUGCUUAAAUGAAGGAAUGAUGCCUUCGACUCCCCCACGAAACCUUGAAGAGGAGCAAAAAGCCAAAGCAAUGAGAGGCAGGAUGUUUGUCUUAAAUGAACUGGUACAGACUGAAAAAGACUAUGUCAAAGACUUGGGAACUGUCGUGGAGGGCUUCAUGAAGAGGAUAGAAGAAAAAGGAGUUUCUGAAGAUAUGAAAGGGAAAGACAAGAUAGUGUUUGGCAAUAUUCACCAGAUCUAUGACUGGCACAAAGACUUUUUCCUGGCCGAACUGGAAAAAUGUCUUCAAGAACCUGACCGUUUAGCACAACUUUUUAUUAAGCACGAGCGGCGAUUACACAUGUACGUGGUAUAUUGCCAAAACAAGCCACGAUCUGAAUAUAUAGUAGCUGAGUAUGAGGCAUACUUUGAGGAGGUUCAACAGGAAAUAAGCCAGCGGCUAACCAUCAGUGACUUUCUGAUCAAACCCAUUCAAAGAAUAACUAAAUAUCAACUUCUUCUCAAGGACUUCCUGAGGUACAGUGAGAAAGCUGGUCUGGAGUGCUCUGAUAUAGAGAAAGCAGUUGAAUUAAUGUGCCUUGUACCGAAACGUUGCAAUGAUAUGAUGAACCUGGGUCGCCUCCAAGGCUUUGAGGGCAAGCUGACAGCUCAAGGCAAACUGCUGCAGCAGGACACCUUCUACGUGACAGAGCAGGAUUCUGGAGUUCAGUCUCGACCGAAGGAGCGUAGGGUGUUUCUCUUUGAGCAAAUAGUUAUCUUCAGCGAACUCCUUAGGAAAGGAUCUUUAACACCAGGCUACAUGUUCAAGAAAAGCAUAAAGAUGAACUACCUUAUCAUUGAAGAAAAUGUGGACAAUGAUCCCUGCAAGUUUGCUCUAAUGAGCCGAGAAACAUCAGAGAGAGUCAUUCUACAGGCAGCUAAUCCAGAAAUUCAACAGGCUUGGGUACAGGACAUCAACCAAGUCCUGGACACACAAAGAGAUUUCCUAAAUGCGCUACAGUCCCCCAUAGAGUACCAGCGCAAAGAGAGCAGCUCAGCAGUGCUGAGGCCACAGACCGGUAGGGUUCCUCAGCCCAACAGCAGACCCUAUUCUUCUGUUCCAGUAGAGUCUGAGAAACCUCUGAAGGCUACAAGCCGUAACCCAUCUCUCCCACCCCUGAAGAUAUCUACCUCCAAUGGCAGCACAGGGUAUGAACACUCACAGCCCGGAGACAAGUAUGAACAAAGCAAGACUGAUUUGGGAGGGUGCAAUGGGACCUCUUCCAUGGUGGUGAUUAAGGAUUACUAUGCACUGAAGGAGGAUGAGAUCUGUGUGAAUCAAGGCGAGGUGGUUCAGAUCCUUGCUAUCAACCAGCAGAACAUGUUCCUGGUGUACCAGCCUGCAAACGACCACUCACCGGCCGCUGAAGGAUGGAUCCCCGGCAAUAUCUUGGCUCCCCUCACUAAAUCCACUACAGAUAAUAGCGACGGAAGCAUCAAGAAGUCAUGUUCAUGGCAUACCCUGCGCAUGAGAAAGCGGGCGGAAAAGGAGAGCAGUGGCAAAAAUGAAGCCAAUGGGCCACGUAAAUCCAAGGAUAUUCUGGGGAACAAAGUCUCUGUUAAAGAGACAAACAGCUCAGAGGAAUCAGAGUGUGAUGACCUUGACCCCAAUACUAGCAUGGAGAUAAUCAACCCCAAUUUCAUUCAAGAAGUGGCUCCAGAGUUUCUUGUGCCAUUAGUGGACAUCACCUGCCUGCUCGGCGACACAGUGAUGCUGCAGUGCAAAGUCUGUGGGCGGCCCAAACCAACAAUAACCUGGAAAGGACCAGAUCAAAACAUUCUUGACAAUGACAACAGCACGGCCACUUACACAGUGUCAUCAUGUGACUCCGGGGAGCUAACCUUGAAGAUCUGCAACCUGAUGCCUCAGGACAGCGGCAUUUACACCUGUGUGGCAACCAAUGAACAUGGAACUGCAUCAACCUCAGCAACCAUCAAAGUUCAAGGUGUUCCAGCUGCCCCAAAUCGCCCCAUUGCUCAGGAGAGAAGCUGCACCUCUGUGAUCCUGCGCUGGCUACCCCCAUCCAGUACAGGCAACUGCACCAUUUCAGGCUACACUGUGGAGUACAGAGAAGAAGGCUCGCAGGUCUGGCAGCAGUCAGUGGCCUCCACUUUGGACACGUACCUCGUCAUUGAGGACCUGUCCCCAGGCUGCCAGUAUCAGUUUCGUGUGAGCGCCAGCAAUCCCUGGGGGAUCAGCUUGCCCAGUGACCCGUCUGAAUUUGUGAGGCUCCCGGAGUACGACUCCGCUGCCGAUGGUGCCACUAUUUCGUGGAAGGAAAACUUUGACCUCGCUUACGCAGAGCUGCAUGAGAUUGGCAGGGGACGAUUCUCCAUAGUAAAGAAAUGCAUUCACAAAGCCACUCGGAAAGAUGUUGCUGUAAAAUUCAUUAGUAAAAAAAUGAAAAAGAAAGAGCAGGCAGCACAUGAAGCAGCUUUGUUGCAGCACUUACAGCAUCCUCAGUACAUCACUAUCCACGAUACCUACGAGUCUCCUACUUCUUACAUCCUAGUUUUGGAACUGAUGGAUGACGGUCGUCUCUUAGAUUACCUAAUGAACCAUGAUGAACUUAUGGAAGAAAAAGUCGCUUUCUAUAUAAGAGACACAAUGGAAGCCUUGCAGUAUCUUCACAAUUGCAGAGUGGCUCACUUAGACAUAAAGCCAGAAAAUUUGCUGAUUGAUUUAAGGAUCCCAGUGCCUCGUGUGAAGAUCAUCGAUUUGGAAGAUGCAGUUCAGAUCACAGGUCAUUACCACGUCCACCACCUCCUCGGAAACCCAGAGUUUGCAGCUCCUGAAGUGAUCCAAGGCCUUCCCGUCUCCCUGAGCACGGAUAUCUGGAGCAUUGGUGUCCUCACCUACGUCAUGUUAAGCGGUGUCUCUCCGUUCCUGGAUGAAAGCAGAGAGGAGACCUGUAUCAACGUGUGCAGAGUAGAUUUCAGCUUUCCCCCCGAGUACUUCUCCGACGUGAGCCAUGCCGCCAGGGAUUUCAUCAACGUUAUCCUCCAGGAAGACUCCAGGAGAAGGCCGACAGCAGCCACUUGUUUACAGCAUCCGUGGCUGCAGCCGCACAACGGCAGCUAUUCCAAGAUCCCACUGGAUACCUCCCGCUUGGCUUCCUUCAUUGAGCGCCGCAGGCACCAGUACGAUGUGCAUCCCGUCCCCAGCGUCAAGAGUUUCCUGAUGAGCAGGCUGGCCCCCGGCACGUAACGCCUCUUUCCCUGGGGUCCCACACUGCCGGUCCUGGGGCAGGGCGUGGGGAGAGAGUAGGCACAAGGCAGAUCUGUCUGUACAUAGUCCCGUCUCCAGCAUUUGCAUUUCACGUGGCUUCCCUCAUCGCAGGGUACAAAUCAUAGUGGAGGUGGUAGCACCUGCUCAGUUCCAUGGGAUGAAAGCAAAGGGGGGUGAACAGCAGCAGGUACCUGCUGCCUCCCCUUGGCUGGCUCCUCUUGGGACAUGUACUUUUGCUGCAUCCACCACCAAAAACAGACUGCAGGAAGCAAACACCAUCUGGAAACAAGAGCCAAAAUUGCAGUUGCCUUAAUCUUCAUGAGGCAGCCUUAUAAGAAAUCCUCUUGAUCUUGCUGAACUGAUUUCAAAAUGUAUGAUAGAUUAGGAGUAGGGUAGUGGGGGGGGUGUGAGACUAGGCUAACCUUAGUGUGUACUGCAGAACUGGACCCAAGUCAGUUUGGGCUGAAGUCACUGCAAGCCUGCUCCGGGCUAGCAGACAGAUUUUGCACACCCCAUACGCCCAGGUCUGCUGUGAUCUUGGUGGGGACUUCGCCUGUGCAGGACAUGCAAGACCAGGCCCCAGUCCCUGCUGGAUCAGCUCCGUGGUGGUCUGGCUUAGGUAGACCCUCAUCAUGUGGUAGUGCUCAGACCAAAAUCCCCCGUUAAUCCCUGGGCUUUCUGCUGUGUCAAGUCAAUGUGCAGUACCUUUCAGAGGUACGAUUAAGGCAAUGAAUUCAUUGGAGCAUAGAGCUGGUUCUGACUAAGCACAAUGGGACUACGAUGGGUUUUUUAAAAGUAUUUUAUACACACUGUACAUAAAUCUUUUGCAAAACCUGUGCAUUGAGAAAAGGCUGUGUCCAAUUUUUGCAGUAUCUGUAAACUAGAUGAUGAUGACAAAGACAAUUUUUUUCUAUCACAGGUUUUCAGUAUACAUAGAUUGUAUAAUAUAUAUAAAUAUAUAUAUAUAAAGGAUCUUGUUCCAUUUCUAGCUUCAGAAUUGCUUGGCCCAAAGUCCAUCUAAGCCUUUCCGAGUACAGUAGGAGUGGUGAGUUCACCUUUGUGCUUACAGCUUGAAAAUAAUUUUCAGUGUUUAAAGUAUGUCAUUUGUUUCAUUUCCAAACUUGUAAAUAUCUCUCAGCCACCGUUAGCACCUCAUCACCAAAGCAUUUGUGAGGAUAUUUUUAUGUCCAAAGCCUAAUUUGUAAUAAAAUAAAAAAUAUUCACAAUUAAAUAAUUUCUCUCUUGCAAGCCAAGUUGCAACAUCAUCACAUUGAUGUUACAGUUACAGAGCCAGCCCUAAGUACAACCAAGGCAGGGAGCCUGCAGUGACAAAACAGCAGUUCAUAGGCUGGCCAAAUCCUCCUCUCUAGCAGCGGGACUGGGAGGGGAAACACUUCCCCAACUGCUCUUUUUUGCCCUGGCGUGCGAGGGCUUUGUCUGGGUGCUGAGUGCCGUUGCUGUGUCUGCAAUGGGAAAUGUUGGUUGUUACUAAAGGUUUUCCUGAGGAAAAGGGCUUGAUCUGCCCAUGUGUGCUCAGCAGAGACUCUCUUGUAAGGGCAAGAGUCCGAUUUAAUUCACUCGCCGAGUAACUGCACUGUAAGCCUGCAAUAUAUCUGCAGGAGCAAAAGCUGUAUCUGUCAGCAGGUGGUAGAGAUAUUCUGCAAGUACUGUUAAAUUCUCAGGGCUCUGCCAGCCCUUUUGUGAUCCACCUCUAAGCUCAGUUUCACGGCAUGCUGGUAGGAGACUUGGCCCUUCUCUUUGUGCUUGCUCUCACUACGCUGGAGUCUCCUAGUGGAGAAGAAAGGAGGCAUAGCAAAAAACAAAACAAAAAACAAACAACAAACAAACAAAUAAACAAAACGACACAACGUUCAGCACUGCGUGCGUGUGAUACAAGAACAGACCUCGAGGUUGGGAAGCCACAGUCAGAAGGGGUGAGCCUGGGUACCCGAGCGGGGUCAGAAGUGGUGUAGGAGGCCAUGUGCCGAUGGAGAGACAUCUAAUACAAGGGGAAGUUGAGGAAAGGCUUGAACAAGAGCGUGUUCACAAAAGGCUAAACCUUCUGAUCAGGUAGAACCUAUCUCAGUUCCCUUCUGCAGUGCAGCAGCUGACGUUCUAAGCAAUCCAGCAGCACCUCUUAGACAAAGACCAGAUUCUCAUCCUGAGCAAGAGUGCAAGGUAUGGCAAUUCUUAGCAACUGAAAUGCCUUCAAACAAUAGUCAUCAAGGGUUAUCUUUACUUAGCACCGGCCUCAGGUACUUUCUCCCUACAGGACUGUUUGUACUUCUUCCUAUUUGUCAAAGCUGGCUCUUGGUGCUGUUAUCGUGCUGCCCUUAACAAAAAAUGUUUAUAGAAGUGUGGUUUACAAAACCCACAACUUUUAUGAUGCCUGUGGGUACAGUUUAAGCCACAGUCUUUCUGCUUGGCAUUAAAACAAACAACUUCUCAUAUUUCACAUGAAAGCUGCAGUUAUUUAUCAUUUUAUUUUCCUGCCUUCUGCAUUCGCAUCUCAAACUGCAGCAGCAGACACUUUGGAAGCAGAGGUGGGGAAAGCUGGUUUGUUUAAGGGAAUAUUUAAGCAUCCAAUUGCUAUCAAAUAACAGACAAAAACCCCAACAGGCUGAAAGAGGAGACACGUUUAGGUAUUGGUGCUCGGAUUCAAAAAAGUGAUUCUUCUUCAAGGGAGAGCUGUGAACUCUGAGGGUGUUGAACUCUUGAGGAUUUUUGAAUGUCAUGAGGUUGCUUUCCAUUACGGUUCUGCUUUUUCCCAUAUUCAUGUUAGAGAGCUCCUCUUCCUGGGCACUGCCCAUCUGACAGCCCAUUCAGGAAAACUGGAACCUGUAACUACUUCCAGAUAUGUUCGUGAUUAUGAACUGUUCUUGCAUUUUAUCUCAAAGAUUUAUUUUGCCUGCAUAAUACCAAGUUGACAUGAAAUGCUGCAGUAUGAUAAAUACAGAGGAAAUAUUCUGGACUUGCUUUCUUGAGGUCUUUUCCAGCCAAUCUGUGGCCUCUCUGCAGAUCCAAUGGGUCCUGUAACUGUUGUAAACUGUAACUCUCUUGUAAAGAGGUUACAGGAGCUCAGUAAGGAUGCCUGGAGCAAACCCACUGAGUAAGAAGCAUCAGAGCCAACCCGCCUUUGCAGUAUUCUGCAACUACUGGAUUUUUUGUGCGUGAAAUAUUGCCGGUAACAAACAUGGGGAAACACGGUUUCCCAUCACGCUCUGUUAGGCCUUUGCAAAUCUCGCUGGAGAGCAGCUGACUCCGAGGGGAAGAUUUCCACCUGCAGCUUUACCACUCAGGGUAUUCCCAAGGCAGCCGAGGGAAGGUGUGAUGGCAGCUGCACCGUCUGGCUUCUGCAGAAACUUCUUCAGACCAACAGAAAUACUAUAAUAGUAAUGGAGCAGCCCAAGCUGGGUGCAGACCGGCACUACACACAGAGCCACCGCCUCCAGGCAUCUACACGUGUUACUACAGGGGUGUCACACAGCCAGUCUGGGGCUCUAAACUUCAAUAUUUUAAAACAAUGCAGGCUUUAAAAUUUAUAAAACUGUCCUCUUCCUACUUGUACCAACAAGUCUUGUCUAGUCUUGCUGCUUUUUUGUUUAAAAUUAACCUUUUUCAGUAACAUUUAGCUUUAGAAGCGUCUUAUCUUUAAAGUCAGUUAAUGUCGAGACAAAGUCCGUCCCCUCAACUGACCUAUACAAGUUCUAUGGCUUCAGUGGAGUUCAUUAGCAUUUCCAACAAUGUUAUUGGGCCUUUGUUACAAAUACCAUAAGUAAAGGCUGAAUACAGAACUGCACAUAAUGACCUGACUAUAUGAAACCAUACUUUAAUACCCUUGCAAUGAGGGGACUGCAUCAAGUGACCCAGGAUAAUAUAAACUUCAGAGACAGAUGUAAAGGCUGGUCUGUAUAUACAAAGGUCUAACAGAUAAUUAAUCCAUACAGGGGCUAACCACCUGGUUUGUGUUUCUGUUCCUUUCACUGCAGAGGUAGAUUCUCCUCUAAAACAGGGCUUGGAUUUUUUUUCCAGCUCAUUCUUUCACGUCCCAUCAGAAAAUGGUGCUUUCCCAAGGAAACAAAAUAAAAAUCCCAUUUUACUAGGCUGACUGCACACUGCCAUCAAGUGAUGAAUUCUCGUUCUGGGAUCUGUAUAGUGGUGAGUGUUACCAUAGCGUCAGGAUGCUGAUUAUUCACUGUAACUGUAGUCUCUAUUAUGGAACUAGUGAAAAAACAACAUCUUCUCAAGCCAUAUUUCACCUUCAUGUCCAACUUCUGAUGCUGGUGCUUUUACUUCUCUUUCUACCAAACUGUUCAGCCGUGCUCUGCAACUGAGGUCAAUUUGCUGAUAACUUUUAAAAGGCAAAUGUAAUAGGAAAAGCAAAAAAAAAAGAAUUCAAUCUCAGACUUACUCACUGAGAUGAGAGCAAACAGUUGGAAUAUAUUGAUGCUUUUCAACCUUUGCAACAAUCAAUUGAAGGAGGAAAAAAGAAACAGUAUUGUUAACUGCUCAGCAUUUUCAAGGUGCAAAGUAAUUCCACAGCCUUAACUAUUUCAGUGUAUUGCUGGUCUGCCUUAAAUGUGUCUUCAGUUUUAUUGCGAAUUUCAUUUUGUAUGCACACAAUGUUGUUUUGUAAAGGUAAGUUUGUAAAUAUUUCCUUUGUAAGUCUAAUCACCCAUGUGUACUGUUGUGAGGUGACUACUUGCUGUCCCAUGUCGUUAUUACUGUACUGCAGUAUAUAUGAUCAUCUACGGAUGUAGCUUCAAACUGUACAUUUUCUGUCCUUACAUUCCUAUAAAUAGAAUAUACUAAUGAUUCCGUUUCUGGGCUUUUUUGAUUAAAUACAUUUGUUCAUAGAA